GGUCUUUCUUUUGUCUCCCUCAUCAAUUCCCAUUUUUCUACCCGCAGCCAGUCCUCUCGUCUUCUCUAAUUCACCAAGAAACCAGCCGAGAUCUUCAAUCUAUGGCCUCCUCCACACCCAACAAUCCAAAAGACGAAACGAAUCUCACAACAAACGUUACGAGCAGAUCUCCCAUGUUUAUCUCCAAAGAAGCAUUGGACUCCAUCCUUUCCCACCAAAAUCUCAUCGAACACUUCCGAUCCUCUCUCCCGAUCGUCUCCCCCACAAUUUCCAGCCCAAUGCGUCAAAGCCACGCCGUUCAUCCCAAUUCAUCUCUCCUCCUCAUGCCCUCUUGGUCUUCUUCUCCAUCUAUUCCUUACAUAGGCGUCAAACUCGUCACCCAUUUCCCCCAAAACUCCGCCAUAAACCUACCUGCAAUUCAUGCAAGUUACUCGCUCUUUAGCUCCACCACCGGCCAAACUCUGGCCUCCAUGGACGGCACUGCCUUGACUCUUUACAGAACCUCUUGCGUCUCUGGUUUAGCUGCAAAAUAUUUAGCCAGACCAGAUAGCAGCGUGAUGGUUAUGGUGGGUGCGGGUGCUUUGGCGCCCCAUUUGAUUAAAGCUCAUUUGGCUGCAAGACCCAGCGUGAAGAAAGUGAUUAUUUGGAACAGAACAGAGGAAAAGGCAAAAAAACUAGCCGAGGAGAUGCAGAAGAAUGCAGGGUUGGAAGGAGUCUGCUUCGAGAGCAGUGGGAAUCUGGAGGAUGCGAUUGCGGUGGCGGAUAUAGUGUGCUGUGCAACAAACUCAGAGAUUCCUCUGGUAAAAGGUGAGAAGUUGAAGGCGGGGGCGCACUUGGAUUUGGUGGGGUCGUUCAGCCAUUCGAUGAGGGAAUGUGACGAUUUGGCGAUAAAGAGAGGGAGGGUUUUUGUGGACAAUGAGGGAGCUGUGGAGGAGGCAGGGGAGUUGGUGGGAGCUUUUGAAAGAGGGGUUAUUGAGAAGAGAGAGAUUGUUGGGAAUUUGGUGGAAUUGAUCAAAGGGGAGGUGGUGGGAAGGAGGGAUGGGAAUGAGAUUACAGUGUUCAAAUCCGUUGGAUCUGCCAUGGUGGACCUUGUUUCUGCACAAUUGGUGUACGAAACAACUAUCAUCUGAGUUCUUCAAGAUGCAUAUACAAAAUGCUAUACA